UUCUAAAUUUAGUUUGUUAUGGAAAAAGUAUUUUUAUAAACAAAAUUGUUUAUUUAAAAAAUGCUGCAUUAAUUGUGGACUUAUUUUUUAUUUAGAUUCCAUACACAACGUGCAAAUUUAUAUUUACAAAUUAUUUUAAUUAUUAAAUAAAGCAUUGAAAAAAGUGCGGCGUUUCAUGUGAUUAAGAAUAGGUAUUCUUUGUAUAUAUAGAAAAUAAUGGAGGACUUAGAAAGUUUGAGUAAUAACGAACUAAGGCAGUACCUUUUAAAAUGUGGUUUUCCGAAUACACCUAUAACAGAUACAACAAGGAAGAUACUGAUAAAAAGACUGCAAAACCAUCUAAAAAACAAGAGGGUGCAGCUUAAAAAACAAAUUGCAAACGUUACACGGUUUUCUUCGGAUGAGGAAUCAGACUUUGAAAAUCGAUCGCAGCCAGAAGCUUAUAAAAGGAAAACAUAUAAUAAUAAUUAUAACGCAAGUGGUUUAUCAAAUUUUCUAGGACCACAAACUUCUAAAAAUGUGCAUAACUCUACUUAUUUAAAUUCCCGAUUUUGGUCAUCAAAUACCUCUAGUCUCACAACAAACAAUGCCUUAUCAAUUAACAACAACAGUGCACUAUCAUAUGAUAAAUAUAAAAUUUCACCAACAUCCCGCGUGUAUAUUUCACCCACAAUAACUUAUCAAGACCGAAAUACAGAAGAAACAGACGUGUAUAAUAAUAAUGACGCCUAUGAUGCUUCGGAUUCAGACGCAGAUUAUAUUUCUUUACCACAUCAAAACAGGAAUAACAGCAUAAACGUACACAGCGACAAUGAUAAAUCGUCAUAUCGCAGUAAUUUUACAAGAAGGCUUCUAAAUCUACGAAAUGAAACUCUAGCCAGUAAUAAAAUUCAACCUAAAGUUUUAACUCCAACAGAACAAAAUAAUUUCUAUGUAAACCACAAUCCAACAUCAAUUGCUGCAGGAUACAGAAAAUCAUUCUCAAAAGAGAAAAGAAAUACUGGGGAUAAUGUAUAUGACAAUUUGUCACCAAGUAUUGCAUUUAAAAAUGUUAUAACAAGUUUAAAUGAACAUUACGGAGUACAACAACACUUUAUACCAUGUACACUUGUCAGUGUAACUGUUAUAUUUUUUAUAUUUUUGUCAUUUUUGUAUAUAAAUAUCACACCUAAUUUGAUAAGCACAGUAACAGAAAAAAAUCUUAAAUUAAAUUUUUGUAAAACAUCUGAAAUAAGUCAAUCACCUAUUACACAUUUUAAAGAUUCGAAUAAUUUACAACAAAAUUCUAUUACCUGCAUAUACAAAAGUCAAGUGACUGAUGCUUUAGAAGUGAUAAAAUUUAUAAUUCCAAUAUUACAAGAAAAAGCUGACAUACAUCACUGUAAAGAUGAAACGAAAUCAUUUUCUUUAAAUUCAAGAUCUGCCGCGAAUUUGAUGUACGAUAAAUUUUUGAAAAACGGUCGCUCAACUGAUAUUAGAAAAAUUACUUAUAAUCUACAUAACGCUGAAUAUUUAAUAGCUAAUAACCCACAAUGGCAUAUAAGCCACGUGAAUGAAGUUGGCGAAAUAUUAUCAUAUGAUCAAGUGAUAAAACUUCGUGGGGCCAAAGAAAAUUAUUAUGCCAUUUUGAAUCCAUCUUUACCAUUAUUUUGUACAAUUUAUAAAAAAUUACAGAGAUUUUUCUUUUUAAUUGGAUCUUUAGCUUUAGGGUGUUUUGUAAUUGCGGCACUUUAUACCGUAUAUAAAAUUAUUACAAAUUAUCGACAAAAUAAACAACAAACUGUUUUCCAUCUGGUUGAAGAAAUUAUAAACAACUUAAUAACGAAAGCUGAACGAACACCGAAUGAAAAAUCUGUUGUGGUUAAUCACUUGCGGGAUAUGUUAAUACCAGUUCACAAGCGCAAAGAAUUAGAAUGGGCAUGGAAUCAAGCUAUUACCUACUUAGAACAAAACGAAAGCCGCAUAUUGUUUGAAAUGAAUGUCAUUAAUGGCGAAAAUUGUCAAAUGAUUAAAUGGGUUGAUACUGUUUCCCCGGAUUGCAACACAUCUUUUUCUGAAAAUAGAAACUCUUACAUUGUCAAAAAAUGGGAGAGCCCGGCAUUUAUUGAUAAAACUAACAAAAUACGAAACCCUCCAACGCCAUGCUUGAAAAUUAGGCAAAUGUUCGAUAAAUCCGAAAUAAAUGACCCAAAUUUAAUACAAGUGAUUCAUGAUUCGAUAUUAGAAAAAGUUGGAUUAACUUGUAAAAUAUAUGAUAUACAAAUUGAUAAACAAAGCUGUUGUGUAUACGUUCGUUGUGCGAGUGAGCAAGAUGCUGGAAAAGUUCAUGAUGAAAUUAACGGGUGGUGGUUUGAUAAACGUUUGGUUUCAAUUAAAUUUUUACGGCUGGAGAGAUAUUUAACGAGAUUCCCAAAUUCUUCGGCAGGGCCAAAUUGUUUAUUUCCAUCAAAUUCAAAAAAAUUGUCAAUUUCCCAAUGCUCAACAAAUUUAAGAGAUUAUAACGACGACAAUGAUAGUGAUGAAGAUCAAACUUAAUUUUAUUCCUUAUAUAUUAAACUUUAUUACAAAAGUUGUUUAACAUUUUAAAUGAAAAUUUAAUGUUUUAAAUAAAAAUAUUCAUUUGUAACUGUAACAUGAUUUUCAGUUUUAAUAUAAACUUAAUUAUUAAUAUAUGCAUGUAAAUAUAAAAUAAUAAAUAUAGAUUUCUUU